CGAUGAAAUAUAUUUUCUUUUAAUAUGUCCUAUUCAGUAAGAAACAGUCGAGGUCGUAACAUCUUUAUUAUUGAAAUUGUCAACUCAAAAUUAGCUUUCAUCUAAAUGUAAUGACAUUUAUUUGUUAAUCUAAACUUAUCUAUUUUUUGCACUCCCUUUUUGAAAAUAAACUCAUCAUAGAUACCAGGAUCAAUAUUUUCCAUUUACGCCAGAUACACCGUUCGUCACAAAAGACUCAUCAGUGACGCUCGAAUUCAAAAAAGUUUAAAAGGCCAAAUAAAGUACGAAGUGGAGGAGCAUUGAGGACCAAAAUCCCUAAAGGUUUUGCCAAAUACAGCUAAGGUAAUUAGUUUUUCAAAAAUUCAAAGACGUGAGAAAAUUCUAGAAAAUAUCGAUGUAGUUUGGACAAUACCAAAAAUCAAACAAAUCUACCAAGAGUUCUCUUAUAUAAUUAUAGGUCUAUUAAUUGAUUAUGAAGACGUAUUUUCUCCUGGUCACAAUGGCUUCAAAAGACUUAAUGUUUUUUGUAAACGUACUUCAAUUACUCUUAUCGUUAUCCUUUACUGUGCUUCAUUUUGUAAAAGUUCAUUUGAUGAUAUAGCUCAAAUUCUAAGCACAUUGAUUGGUUGAUAAAAAUGUUUCCACUUAUCUUAAAACUUUAUUUUUUUCCGGUUUUAUAGAAGUACUUGAAGUGUACUUAAUAUUUAUAACAAUUUUAUUAUAGAAUUAGGGGAGUGUCUCUCUGGAUUAUCAACAUGUUUGAUUGAUAAUAGUAUAUUUUCCUGUGUCAUAUUAGUCAACAAGCCCCGGCAAUUUUGUUUUAGAUAUAUUGAUUGUUACUUGAAAGCGUCUGGAUGAUAAUAAUAAGACACAUUAUCCGUAAAAUGGAAAAUCUUUCAUUGCGAUUAUAUAAUUUUCUGAGUAACAAGCUUGGAUCCGAAGAUACAGUAAGAACAAGACGAACGUAUUAUAUAACACACAAUUAUUUGAGCAAAACAAAAACGCACGUACCGUUUAUCUGUGGAAGUAAGGGGGAAGGUCUAAGCAUGAAAGGCAGUGACACUGAUACAAUUGUCUUCAUUAAAGAUAUGCACAUUGUUGAACAACCUAACAAUAAAGAUGGUUCUAACACAUUUGUAAUGAGGUCUUCUGAUACCAGACCAGGCUUUGCACAGUUAGAGCUGUGUAGUAGUUUCACAUAUUCAGAUGCGUGGUUAAAGAAAAUCGAACAUAAAUCCUUUCUUUCUAGUAGUAAAAUGAUGGAGCAGUUACUUUAUGUUAACAAAGAUUUUAGUGCAUGUAACAUUACCAAUCUACAUGGGCCGUGUAUGUCUACAAGUAAUGAAACACAAGACUUUACGGUGGGGAUAAAGUGCAAAUCAUUCAUUAAACAAGCACAGGAAUGGGUAGGAAGAAAACGACAUUGGCCAACAGAAGUAAUAAAAAAGAUAAUUAUUGAUAGUGGGGUCUGGUUUGUCCCAAUAGGCUACAAGCUGUCGCCAAAUGAAGAUAUAGAAUGGCGAGCCGCAUUCACGGUCGCUGAAGUACUUCUUGUGUUUUCUUUUACCCAUACCCAACUUAUGGUUUAUGCUCUUUUAAAAAUAACAUUGAAAGACUUAAUUGAAAACAAUUGCCAAUUCAAAGAGCUUCUAUGUUCUUAUUUUUUAAAGACCGUUGUUUUCUGGAUUUCAGAAGAAAUUGGGGUCACAGAAUGGGCACCGCAUAACUUUAUGAAUUGCUUUCUAGAAUGCCUUAAACGACUGGAAUACUAUGUUAAAUAUGAUAUCUUGCCGUUUUAUUUCAUAACAGAAAGGAAUAUGCUUGAACAUAGAAUCACUUUACCUGAGUGGAUGAAUUUGAAAACAACAAUAGUUCGGUUGUAUAAAAAAUACCCUGCAUGUCUUGCUUCGUCAAGUUUUAUGUCUGUCUUCUUCCUUGUGCCUCUAUAUGUAAGUGUAUCCCAAAACAUUUUGCCUGCAUUACGUGAAACUGACAUGGUUGACUGUGCCAAAUGUUCCGCCAAUAUUUCCAGUCUUAAUGAAGUAAGGAUUAUGCUUUUAGAUGGUCAGGCUAUCCUGACAUACAUACUUACGCCCAUGCAGGUAUUGGUUAAUAGUUUUGAGCUACUCAAACAAAAACCGACCGGUUUAUAUUCAAGAGUUUAUUCAGUACGAUAUGUCGCGGCGUUGGUACCCGUUUUACCUCUGACGAUGUGACUGGUGGUGGUAAUAAACUACAUUAUCAAAAACUGAAAGAGAUAUUACCAUUUGUUAUCCUAGGAGUACGAAGCGAUGCCGUAUCAGGCUGGAACGUUUUAGCUACAUUCUAUUAUUGCAUAGGUAGAUAUUCAGUUUCACUUAAAAUCACUGACUACGUAUUAUACAAGAUAAAGGAAGCGAAACAAGAGAAACUGUAUUACAGUGAGGAUAAGUUUACCGUCGACUAUUUACCAAGGGGAUGUCAUACUAUUGACUUGAGCGAUAUACACAUAGCUAAUUCAAUGGAGCCGAACGAUUUUUACCGUGGCUCGUUUUUAAUUCCUGAUGAAAUGAAACCAGAAGUAGAAUACAAGAGAUAUAUUCAGAAACCUCCGAUUGUGUACACAUUUUUUAUACGUUUUAUGUGUUCACUAAAGUUAGAGCAGACUCAAAAAUGUUCACAGUCAUUAAGUGAUCUAAAAACAUUAAUUGAAACCAAUACCUAUAUUGGUACUCAUGUUAUGAAAGCAGAAUGUUACACCCUUCUUGGUAUUGCAUACUAUCUGAUGGGUGAUUUGGUGGAAGCAGAAAAUUACCACAAAAAAGCUUUAGUAUCAGAUUAUUCAAGGCAAUUUAGCUAUGUGAAAAAGCUACAAAAAAUACGUAGACAAUAUGAAAUGGGAACGAAAGCCUUGAACAAUUAUUGUCAAACGUCUAUUCAAGAUCCUUUGAUUAUUUUUGAAGAAUAUCUGAAGUCCUUAUGUGAUUAAUUUUUUAAUGGAACAAUACUCACUUUAUGUCAGAUAUCUUCGAAAAUUUGGUUUUAGACGAUGUUUUAUCAGACGGAUUCAACCAAUGUACUCAUACAUUAAAAGGAUGUAUACUCAACAAUGGUUGGAUGUCCAGCAGUUUUAAUAUGUUUCACAGAAUUCGACAAAGUUGUUAAAUUUCUUCUUAAGGUUGCAUUUUUGUAAAUAUUGACAAUGCAAUUUCCCAUAGGAACUCCUUUUACGGCUAAAACUGUACUACUUUUACUAUGAAGUUUGAAAAAAAUCUUAUCCUAGAAUUGAAAGUUCAUUUGCACCACAAUUUUUUCAAAGGUCAAAAUAUAGGACUGUGCGGCAUAUUUUCAACGUUUAUAUGCCCUAAACUUACACUAAUUUUCUUAACUACCCCUACCUCGAAUGAAAGGUUACCACAGAUUUCAAUGUAAACAAUAUGCACGUGUUUUUUUACUGGUAACAUUCCCAAGUUCUGUCUCUGCGAUAUGGAACACAGAGAGCAUAACUGGGAAACAGUAUGUAAACAAAAUUAAUUUUCUAUGAAUAUUCAAUUUCUCCCCAAAAGAGGAGGGUUUUCAGAAACAGCUGUAUUUACAAAGUGCAACCUAUAGUCUUGGUUUUUGGCAGUUGACAUUAUGGAAAUUAAAUUAAGACUAAAUGAUAACCUAAAAUGUUUAGAGGUGAAAUUAAGUGGUAAAGACUGCUCACUACAAAUAUGCUAACUUGCCGAUGAUGCAACUCUUAAAUCACCAAAAGAUGUUAGUUUAGCAAUGAAUAUAAUUAAAACCUUUGGUAGCUUCUCAGAAUUACAAUUAAACAGAAUUAUUUUGGUUGAGGAAACUUACACAUAGUAGAGACAAAUUGGAAAACAGAUAACAUUAAAAGUCUUGGCUUUUACUUUGGUUAUAACAGCCAAGACUCAAAAAAUGAAAACUG